AUGGUGAAACAAGCGACGAAAGGACAAAAGGAGAUUUACGAGGAGAAUCGGAAGACGAUUUUGCAGUAUGCGGCAGCGACAGCGAUCUCCCUUGUGAGUUUUGUUUCCGGGGUUUUUGAAGCGAUGAUUUGAAUUUUCAUGAUAUUUUGUGCUAGAAAUAUCGAAUUUUGAACAAGAAUGUGAGAAAAUGCCAAUUAUGGAUUGAAAACUUCACUUUUUCAACGUUUUUAGAUUAAGAAAUUCUCUCAAGUUGUAAUUUUUCCAGACAAUCUACAGUUUUGCAUGGGUUUUCCUGUUUGAUUCAAACACAACUUCAGGUCUAAUUGGACUUCUUCUAACAAUUUCCAUUCAAACAUUUGCCUUGCUUUUCAUGAAAUCGUUGUCAAAAGCGAAAUUCGAUCAAAAAGGGCAUAUUUUGGAUUCGGGAGCUGAUUUGAAUGAUCCGGAAGCUUUUGGAGAAUAUUGCAAGGAUGCGAUUAUUUUGACUGUCAUUGUGCAGGUAAAUAGUUUUCAGCUGAGAUUAACAUAGAUAUUCUGAAAAUAUGUAUCAUUCUAUGAAAAAUCCCUUAAUUUUUUACGUUUCAAAAUAUUUUCAAUAAAUUUGAAAUUGAAAUUUUUUUGAUGAAUAAAAGAAAUUAUAAAAACACUCAACCUGAAUGAAAUUCCUGAUUUUCAGCCAAAUAUUUAUUCCAGCUCAUAGCUCUCUACACCAACUACGCCUACUUGAUUCUUCUCGUUUUCCCAGCAAUUUUGGGCUAUAAAUUUGUCGUUGGACUUUUCUUGCCAUGGAUCACCGCAGGAUCGGAAGAUACUGGAAAUGAAGCGGAAAAUGAUCGAAAAUUGAGAAAACGCGAGAAAAUUCAAUAUCGAAGCCGAUAG